CCGUGGGGCCGCCACUGUAGUGAAAAUGGCGGCCCCCUUGAAGCGCUUUGCCGCUGCAUUUUCUGGGGUUUCGUUUCGUUUUUUCGCUGUUGAAUGUGCUUGCCUAAAUCAACCGUUGCGGCCGCCGACCACACGUAAAACUUGUUCACUAUGCGCGUACAAUAAGGACGCUUUGUUGGUAACAAGCCCCUUGCUGCCUCCGCUCGCACGGCUUGCCGGGCGAUCGUCGAAUGGAGCUUGCUGGAACUGCUCCGAGCCCCUCGCGAGAACAGAUCUCGUGUGCCGGCGGUGCGAGAGUCCGCAGGAAGUGUCUCACGCACCGAACUACUUCGAAGUAUUUGACGAAGAGGCGAAAUAUGACAUCGACGCCAGUAAGCUUCAGGGAAAGUUCCGACAGUUGCAGCGCUUGCUUCACCCCGACAAGUUCGCUGCCAGAUCUAAGAAGGAGCAGGAUCUGUCUGACAACCUGUCAGCACUGGUGAACCAGGCGUACCAAACCCUAUCCAAGCCUGACAGUAGAGCCAAGUAUUUACUCAAGGUUAGCGGGAAGGAUCUAGACUCCGUAAUGCUGGAUGCUGCAUUUUUGGGUCGCAUGAUGGAACUGAAUGAGGAAGUGGCUUCCGUAGAAGAGCGGCGUGAUCGAAAGUCAGCAGAAGAAUAUCUGAAGAUUGUGCAGACUGAAGCUGAACAGGUGACAAAGCAGCUAAGUGCUGCAUUUGAAAAGAACAGCCUUGACCAAGCUAGCAUUGAAUUAGCAAAGUUGAAGUACCUUAGAAAUGUAGAGGCAAAGCUAAAAGAACUCAUAGAACAAUAAAAUGCUGCUUCAUUUAAUGCUGGA